CUCCAGUAACUUACUAGCAUCCGACUGGCUAUUAAGCACCAGGCAUAUAGUGGACUAUGCUGCCAUGGCGGCGAGCAACAUCGGGCACAACGUAGAUGUUUCCUCACUCGAAUCGCAGCCCCGGACCCACGAAACGAUCGCGGACAAGAUUGCGCAUCAUUACAGAUGCAUAUAUGAUCUCAGGACGCAGUGGAAUGAUCUAUCCCCCAUCUCCGCACUCCCUCCCGAAGUCCUCGCUGAAAUUUUCCUACACGUGGCCGGAAUCCGCGCAAGCAACAUCCACUCCAGGUUGCCCUACAUCGACGAAUGGAUAUAUGUAUCCCAUGUCUGCAGGCGCUGGCGCUUCGUUGCACUUGGCUGUCCUGCUCUCUGGAGCCGUCUGACAGUAAAGGGACCCGCGUCGUGCCAAUGGCUUCCCGAGUUUUUGGCACGGUCUAAUCAAGUAUCGCUGUCCAUGGCGAUCUCAUUCGAAACCCACUCCUCCUUUGGAUUCGGUACUCCACUACCAGAGGAACUAAUAUCAAUUGCACUGUCGUCUCUGAGGCGCAUGCGCACGUUGAAGAUUGACGCGGCACCGGGAUACUCGCCGGAAAUUAUGAAGCUACUCGAAGGACCCGCUCCAUUGCUCGAGGACCUAUACAUCUCCGAAACGAAACCUUCCGGUAUACUUGACCCUCUAAACCAACUUCUACGCUGUCCUGAGACCUGCCGUCUCCGUCGCUUGGAUUUGAAGUGCCCUGUGGACUGGGCAGGCAUCUCACUAUCAGGCUUGACACGCCUGUCUGUCGGCAGUUCAUACCGCGUCAUGAAGUUGGACGCAUUUCUUGCUGCCCUCGCUCAAAUGCCCCGUCUGGAAGAAUUGGCCACCGACGGUGCCUUCAUACCGAAUUACUACGGCGAGGCACACACACCAAGUCUGCCUACUCCAGCUCAUUUGCCUCGUAUCCGAACAUUACGAAUCUGGCGCGAGACUGCAGCACAGUGCGCUUGCAUCCUUCGUAGCAUGGAAACCCCGGCGCUCGCUCAACUCAGCGUCAAUGCGAUACCAAGAGGUUCGGUGGCAUCGCAAAUCGAGCUCUUUGCCGCCUCGGCUGCAAAGCGCAAAUCUUGGGGCGAUUCCUCACCCUAG